AUAACUUUCAGAGUGAUGAUAGUUAUGGUCCCAUGUUACCACACGGCACAGGUUUGCAACCGGCAAACUUGUUAAAUCUGUAUAUAUAAUGUACGCAUCAAUGUUUUCAUUAAUUAUAUUAUGCUCUGCUGUAACCAUUAUUAAUGGCCAGUUACUUAAUAUCUGUCAGAAUAGUCAGAAUAAUUCGAAGACUACAUGCGAGGAAUGCAUGUCUCUGGAUCCCAAUUGUGUUUGGAUAACGAGUGAGGUACAACCAGGCAGAUCAAGAUGCACCAUAGAAUCGAACACUCACGAACCCGGAAUGACCAUAUUCAAAGGUGGCCCAUCGGGAUGGUCCACUCUCGAAGAUCACGAUUUUCGUUUGCCAUCGGAUGACACCGCCACGGCAAUUCAGAUUCGACCACAAAAAAUUAAACUGAAGCUGCGCCAGAACGAAUCCAUUACAUUCACCCUAAAGUACAAAGCUCUGGAGAACUACCCACUCGAUAUUUACUACCUCGUAGAUCAAACUUUUUCUAUGGCCAAACAUCUAGACGAACUGAGUAAACUGAACGAGCGACUCGCAAACACGCUUGAAGACCUAACGACUAACUUUAGAAUAGCUUUUGGUUACUUCAGCGACAAAGUCUUAAUGCCCUACUACGCAAUGGAUCAAGCACGUCAGGAAAAUCCAUGUCGCGAUCUGAGCACCUCCAAAAUAAAUCAGUGUGUGCUAGGCUCCAACUUUGUGCAUGAGCUGAACUUCACUAACAACACAGCAAGCUUCCAAGAGAAAGUAAAAGAUUUUAAAUUUACAGCUAACCUUGACGAUCCAGAGGGUGCCUUAGAUGCAUUAAUGCAGAUAAUAUUGUGUGACUCCUUCGGUUGGCGAAAUUACUCAAGGAAGAUGAUAGUACUGGCGACAGAUGGAUUGUUGCAUACAGCAGGAGAAGGUAUUCUAGGUGGGGUGGUAAACCGCGCUCCUCGGGAAUGCAAAGUAAAACAACAGAAGGACGGACGCUGGGUCUACGAUGGUCUCCAACGAGAUUACCCUUCAGUGGAAGAGAUAUACAGAGCUUUGCUUAUGAAAAAAAUCGCAAUUAUCUUCGCUAUCCAGGAGACAUAUGAAACCGCAGCCUAUUACAAAGAAGUUAAUGAUCUAUUGCAUAAGGUCUCCUUUCUCGCAAUGAUGCGUCCUGAUCGGAACAACAUUACAGAAGUGUUAGAGACAGGCUUCAGGGACGUUGUAAAGAAGGUGUUGUUCAAUGUAGUAGACCCGCCAGAUUAUCUAAAGUUCGAUUCUACGUCUACCUGCGGGGAAGCCAACAUCAACCACACAUGGGGCUGUUAUAAAGUGGAACUAGGAAAGGAAUACACCUUCAAUAUUACAGUAACUCUUAAGGGCCAGCCUAGAGGGCACAGGCAUGUGAUCCAUAUCGAAGAAAUGCAUCUGCACGAGCAGGUGGAGAUCGAAAUCGAAUACCCAGAAACCUGUGAAUGUGACACCAAAAAACCGGACCCAAAGAUUCAUGGGGAGUUCUCAUGCGGGAUAUAUAAAUGCGAUCCGGGAUGGAUUGGAGACCGUUGCGACCAAAAGUGUGAUCCUUCCACAGCGCGUUAUACAAAGAGUUGCAAAGGCAAGUCAUGUUGCGGGUAUGGCGACUUUAACGAGGAUACGUGUAAAUGCGACUGCAACAAAGGCCGCGCCGGGAACCAUUGCGAAAUCGAGUGUUACGUGGACAACAAAGAUCAAGUUUGCUCCGGGCAUGGUCAUUGUGGAACCGAUGGCUGCAUCUGCGAGCCGGGUGUGAAGCAAGAUAAAUUCUGUAACUGUACCGUGUCGACGGAUACGUGUGUGAAGCCAGGAAAGACCGAUAUGUGCAGUAAACACGGCGUUUGUAACUGUGGUAAGUGCGAGUGUAACAAAAACGGCACAGGCAGCUAUAGAGGUAAGUAUUGUGAGUUCUGUUCGGGUUGUAAUACAUGUAAGCAUCAGGGUGUAUUGGAGAAACACAUCAGAGGCCAGUUAACCCCAUCAGAAAGAAAAGCGUACGUCUUCUGGCCCGUUACCGAUAAUGAACCACAAUACGAUUGUAGGAUGUUCUAUUCGCCGAAUUCUACGCACGCAUGUGACGUUUUCUAUAUCUCGACCGUCGAUGGUACAACUAGCAUUAUGUAUUACCUAAAGUGCUCUUCAAAUCCAUCGUUACUAGCCAGUUUGGGCUUUAUGUACCCAUACGCGUGCGCUUUGCUGGCUAUAUUCUUUAUUGUUUUGCUUUCUUGGAAAGCGCACAUAUUUUAUGCAGAUAGACGCUCUUUUGCUAAGUUUGAAGAGGCCAAGAAGCACACAAGUUUUAACGAAAAUCAAUUAUAUAAAUCACCAAUUACGUCGUACCGAAAUCCAACGAAAAAAGAGGAGUGACAAGAAAAUGAGUAACGCGUUAACGCUUUUAUGGAUCAAAUAUUAGUUUAAACUGUGGUUGUUUAUACUUUGCAUCAUUCUUAGUAACUACCAAAAAUAAAUGUAAGUCAUUUAUGUUCUCCA